AUGACCGAGAAUAAUCUCACCACAGUAACAGAGUUCAUUCUCAUGGGCUUUACUGACUACCAUAUGUUGGAAAUUCCCCUCUUCCUGAUGUUUCUCAUCUUCUAUAUCAUCACCCUUCUAGGAAAUGCGGGGAUGAUCAUUCUGAUCCAAGUGGAUGUCCAACUCCACACCCCUAUGUACUUCUUCCUGAGCCACCUCUCCCUGCUGGAUGCCUGCUAUGCCUCACUCAUCACCCCUCAGAUCCUGGCCACACCAGCCAUAGGCAAGGUGGUCAUCUCCUUUGGCCGAUGUGCUACCCAGUUCUUUUUCUUCACCAUCUGUGCAGACACAGAGUGUUUCCUGCUGGCCUAUGACCGCUGUGUCACUAUUAGCAACCCACUGCUCUACACUGUAGCCAUGAAUCCCAGAAUCUGCUGGAGUUUGGUGGUGGAAGCCUAUGUCUGUGGGAUGUCAGGGGCCAUCCUGAGUACCACAUGCAUCUUCACCCUCUCCUUCUGUGACCACAAUCAGAUCAACUUCUUCUUCUGUGACCUCCUACCCCUGCUGAAGCUCGCCUGCUGUGACACGACAAACACUGAGAUUGUCAUUGUCUUCUUUGGCAACUUUGUGAUCUUGGCCAAUGCCUUGGUCAUUCUGAUACCCUACCUGCUCAUUAUCAAGUCCAUUCUGAUGGUGAAGUCUCCAGGUGGCAAGGCCAAAACUUUCUCCACGUGUGCUUCCCACCUCACUGCUGUGGCCCUUUUCUUUGGGACCCUCAUCUUCAUGUAUCUGCGGAGUGGCUCAGGCAAGUCCCUGGAGGAAGACAACGUCGUGUUUGUCUUCUACACUGUGGUCAUCCCCAUGCUAAACCCUCUGAUCUACAGCCUAAGAAAGAAGGAUGUGAAAGUGGCCUUCGGAAAGGUCACUGGUAGACUCCAGGUGUCCCAGAGUGUGUAG